AAAGCAGAAGUGAAACCAAGAAAAAAGAAUCAAAAUCAGCAGCAGCCAACUUCUCAUAGAAAUAUACAAGAUAGUUAUUGGCAUUGGGGUUGGUGGAUAUGCAGCAGAAGAAGAAAAGGUGGAGGAAUUCAGUUCGAAAGGUGUUAAGUUGUGCCAUUGCUGUAAUAACUUUUGUGUCUCUGCUAUCCGUACAUGUUCAUGUCCCUUCCUUUGAUGUUACUAGCUUCCCUCACAACAAACUUCCUAUGCAGCAUGAGUUGUCGUACCAAAGAUUGAGCGGAGAGCGAAGCUGGAUUGAAGAAUUUGCUCCACCCCAUUUCUCAAAAGCUCCUGUUACUGCUAGCAAGUUGGAUGGUGCAAAUUGGAAUUGGACCUUGGAUAAGUUAUGGAAACCGCCUCCAAAUCGAGACUAUGUUCGUUGUGUUGCACCAACUUCAUCAUAUACUUCUCCUCCAGAAUCUCGAGGCUACCUGCUCGUUCAUACUAAUGGUGGACUCAAUCAGAUGAGGGCCGGGAUAUGUGACAUGGUUGCUGUUGCUCGUAUCAUAAAUGCUACUCUUGUAAUCCCGGAGCUUGAUAAGCGCUCACUUUGGAAGGACUCUAGCAAAUUCUCUGAUGUGUUUGAUGAAGACCAUUUCAUUAAUUCUUUGGCAAAUGAUGUAAGGAUUGUCAAAAAGCUACCAAAGGAACUUGCAUCUGCAGCUAGAGCUGUUAAGCAUUUCAGAAGUUGGUCUGGUGUAGAUUACUAUGAGAAGGAGAUAGCUACCAUGUGGGAUGAAUACCAGGUAAUUCGAGCAGCCAAGUCUGACUCAAGGCUGGCAAAUAAUAACCUGCCUCCUGAUAUUCAGAAGUUGCGCUGCCGUGCUUGCUAUCAAGCCCUCCGAUUUUCUCCCCAAAUCGAAGCAAUGGGAAAGUUGUUGGUUGAUCGUAUGCGAACCUAUGGUCCAUACAUUGCUUUACAUUUGCGCUAUGAGAAAGACAUGCUUGCCUUUAGUGGAUGCACACAUGAUCUAUCCCCAGAAGAAGCUGAAGAACUAAGGGCAAUCAGGGAAAGCAUCCCAUGGUGGAAAGUGAAAGACAUCGACCCUGUAGAACAAAGAGGCAAAGGCUAUUGUCCAUUAUCUCCACGGGAGGUGGGGAUGUUCCUUUCUGCUCUUGGGUUCACAUCGAACACCCCGAUUUACAUUGCUGCAGGAGAGAUAUAUGGGGGUGAUUCCCAUAUGUCUGAUCUACAGUCUCGCUAUCCCUUAUUAAUGAACAAGGAAAAGUUGGCGUCUUAUGAUGAGCUUGAACCAUUCAGCAAGCAUGCAUCUCAAUUAGCUGCAAUAGAUUAUAUUGUGUCAGUUGAGAGUGACAUAUUCAUUCCUUCGUACUCAGGGAAUAUGGCAAGAGCAGUUGAGGGACAUCGUCGGUUUCUGGGGCACAGGAAAACAAUAUCUCCUGAUAGGAAAGCUCUCGUCCGGCUUGUCAACAAAGUUGACCAAGGUACAAUGAUAGAGGGGAAAAAACUGUCUGAUCGCAUUAUUGAAGUUCACAGAACAAGGCAAGGAUCGCCUAGGAAGCGAAAAGGACCGAUUUCAGGAAGGAAGGGAAUGGAUAGGUUCCGUUCAGAGGAGGCAUUUUAUGUAAAUCCUUUACCAGAUUGUUUAUGUCAAAAUGAGCCAUCAUACUCAAACAAGUCUCAUGCUAUCGUGUAAGAUCAUACUAGCAUUGAAGCUCGACCAGGCAUCAGCAAUGCAGAUGUAUAUAUACAGACUUGGAGGUAUAGAUGAUAAAAGAGUACAUGAUUUCUAUUGAGAUGAGACUUUCCAUGCAGGGGAAGUUGAUCAAAUUGAAUAAAUAAGCAGUCAUAUAUUAUGUAGAGGGAGGGAGAAGCACAAGGGUGCACUUGUACAUUGGAGCUUUUUCUUUUUCAUUCUUGGACAUUUUCAGUAAAAGAAUAAUAUUGAUUGAAUCUUCCCUGCAUGGUAUAUUGAUGUUAUAACUGACUCCAUUGAGUACACCAUGCACAAAAUCCACUUUUACCUGACUACUGAUACCCAGACUUGAGCAAUUAUUGCUGCUGCUUCUCUCUGUACUAAAGCAACAGAACUACAGAUGUGGGUCUCAAUGCAUAUUUGAAGCCAAGCCCCAUAAGAGGUCACCUUGAUAUGAAACGUGAUUGUAGUAUUUAAACUCAUGAUCCUGCUAUCGGAAUUAUGCACCAGUCCCUAGAACCUAAAACGAAUUUGAUAGAUUCAUUAUUGAUCGAAAAAGAUUACUGCUGUUAUUUCUAACGGUUUUGUCAAGGUAAGUUGGAUUUCCUUUUCUGGUAUAACAAUAUGUAAGUAAUUGUUGCGUUUUAUCGUCUUAAUCUGUUGUAUUUUUUACUAUGUUAUCCAUUGGGGAUUAGACGUUAUAUAUGUUCUGCAACCACUGGAGGGUGAAGAACAGAUAUAGACCUGGUGCUGAUGCACUUCAUUUUGUUCAUUCCUCCUGAUAGAUUUCAACUAAUAGCAAAAAUUUGUUUCUAAGUCUAUCAUAAAGCUUCUUUGUACAAAAAAGGUGCAGUGAAGUACGGGAGAUCAGUAAACUUCCUUUCUGCAAGCUAGUUUGUAAAUUGCUCAUGACAUCAAGACCGAUUUGAACACACAAAUUCGCAGAUGUGAUUUGAUAUGCGAUGGAAUAGUUUGGCUUCUUGUUGGGUUAAAACAGCAUCGCCACGUUAU